AUGUCAUCAACAAUCGAUGGCAGGCCAAAUACCAGCCUCAGUGCGUCAUUCAAGCAAUGGAAAUCAAAGGCGGCCGCAGUACUGGAUCCGCUCAAGGAUCGUGUAGAAAAUACCACCUUGAAAGUACUAGGCCUUUCGGAACUCGUUCCGACGCGGACACCGGAGUAUCAAGAACUGAUCGUGAAGCUAGCUUUAAUCAAUGAACAAGUCCUCCAGCGCAUAUCCCAAGGCCCAACGGCGGAUUCGUCAACGGUUAGGCUAACUGAAUCUCUCACCAAGGCAGCGAACGAGGUCGAAAGUUUUGUUCAAGUUGUUGAAGGACAGGAUUACUCCACAAAAUUUCUCACGGCUGCUCCAGAAACCAUGGCAAAGUUACACAAGAAUCUCGAUUCGAUCGUUGCGCAGUUUGCGCUUGUGCACAGCCUGAGUCUUGCUGCCAAAUUAGAUCAAAUGAGGGCAGAAGAGGGUGUUGUUCGUACAAAACAGAACCAGAUUCCUGCUCUAACCGUGACCGCCGACAUUCCGCCCAAGCCAGUAAACUUCUAUGGCCGAGAUGACAUGCUUAACUCAAUUAUUUCUCUUCUCCUUGGAAACCAAUCGUGUCGCAUUCCCAUUCUCGGCCCUGCAGGAAUUGGCAAGACAUCCCUCGCUGCGGCCAUAAUCAAUGACGAGCAAAUAAAGACGAAGUACGGCCAGUUGAUUUGUUUCGUUUCUUGCGAGGGUGUCGCUUCUGCCGAGGGGAUUCUUCAAGCGUUAAGCGCUUGCUUGAGAUUGACAAACGAGUCGAAUGCUCGGCGUGCAGUACUCGAGCGCCUAGCAACCCGUAUUUUGCGCUCUAGUGAGGAGCUCCUAGGAAAGUUUGCCGAGCUCUUUGGUCUGUCUCUGAUCAUUACCAUGAGAGGAAACGCCCGACCAGCGGGAGUUGCAUGGGAAGCAACUUGCGACCAACCUCUUCAACCUCUUCCUUUGGCUGCCGCUCGUCAGACAUGGAUUGGUAUCACGCGCCGAGAGGACAUGAUCCCCGACGAGCUCCUGCUUGCAUUGGACGGACUACCUCUGGCAAUUACUCUCAUGGCACAUCAAGGACAGCUCCUAGAUCCCGCCGAGCUGAUGGAAGCAUACACGGCUGAGAAGACCGCCUUCCUACAACGCGGUACUUCUGGAAGACUCACAAGCCUCGAUACCUCAAUUCAAUUGUCACUCAAUUCCCACACUAUGAUGCAGAACCCGAACGCACUACACUUACUCUCCGGACUCUCUCUUCUCCCGAAUGGCACUGCGUUGGCUCUGAUCGCCGUGGCACUUGCGUACAAGGAUGGAGGACGUCUGCGGAUACUCUCGCCAAUUCGCGAGUUCAUGCUGCUUCAACACCCGCCUUUUGGCAGCUGGCGUGCCGAGCUACGAGCUUAUUAUAUUGACAUGCUGACGCCGUUCAAUGACAUGGAGCCCGACGCCGAUCCUUCUCCCAAAGCGGUGGAUCAAGUUUCCUGCGAAUUUGGGAAUAUUAAUCCGAUUCUCUCCGACUACUGGUCCUCCAUGCGCAAUGAUCAACGUGACGAGCUAUUUGUGGCCACAAAAAGUCUGGCCUAUUCAUCCAUGCAUAUUCCGUGUGCGGAUUGUUCGCCCCUGCUCACGGAUGCAAUGGUGCAUUUGGAGAGGAGCGAGAGGCGCCGAGAAGCCUUGGAAUGCAGACUGUUGAUUGGUCGGCUCCUGUCAAGACAACUUCGAUUGACGGAAUCUGGAGCACUACUGGAAGAAGUUGAACGGGAAUUCGCGACACUAGGGCACCAAGUUGAAGCACUGGAGUGCGCUUACUUUUUGGGCGAGUCACUUCGUCUGAGAGGUGAUGUCCCAGCUGCCAUUGCCAAGCUUAGAGAGGCCAGCACGGGACUGAAGUCGAUUGGUGAUGGCCCUGAUGAAGCAUUGGAAAGAUUCCAAGCGGCUCAUAGCGUAUAUCAAGCACAGGCAUCCAACCACCGCAUGAGUUCGGCAUGGUUUCUGCGUAGCAUUGCAAGCGUUUUGGCCAUGAAAGGAGAGUGGGAGAAGGCGCAAACGCAUCUAGAAGAGUCAAAAGCCAUAUUUCUUGCCUUUGGAAACAACCGGGAAGUUGCUUAUUGUUUACUCGACCUUGCCAAUGCUCAAAAAUCUCAAAACCGAUGCGACGAAGCCAAACUAACUCUGACAGAGUGUAGAAGGAUGAUUCAAGGACUGGACUUUCACCGUAUUGAUGCGCAGUGCAUGAAGGGAUUCGGUGACAUCCUGCGUAUUCAAGGUCGAUUGCCUGAAGCCGAUGUGAAGCUUGCUGAGGCAGGAUUGGCAUUUCAGCGUGCCAUGGAUGAGGCCAGUGCAGCCCAAUGCCUCCUAAUACGAGGAGAUGUGUUGCAACAACAAGAUAACGACGACGAGGCUCUUAAUCUAAUAGAGCAGGCGAAGACGAAAUUCCAAACCUGCAACAUGACACUCAGUGUGUCACAGUGUUUAUGGACGAUGGCCCGUAUCUUCGGGAAGAAGGAACAACACGAAGAAGCAACCCGGUUGCUGGAACAGUCAAGAAGGCUCUCUGAAGAUCUCGGGGACGAGCAGGGCAUUUUCCAAUGUGCCGUUAUUGAAGGGGAGUUGCUUUAUCUUCAGGACCGCUCCGUGGAGGUCAUUCUGAAGCUGUCAGCGACCCUCGAGCUUGUCGACAAAUUUACGUCCCUUGCGACAACUGGCAAUUACAUCCUCCGUCGUGCGCACAGCCAGCUAGGCCAGAAAGAAGAGGCCCAGAGGGCGUUCACUAGAGUCAUAGAAAUAUCUGGAGGUACUGGACUUGAUUGCGAGUUGGCAGAAAAAGCUUUGGCUGAGCUUUGCGGCGUUGAUUCCUGA